ACUUCUUCACUUUGGACAAUGGCUGGUAUGAUUCCAAUCGAAAUGCAGACGCAACUACGGCAACUCCUAGCAUAUUUUGCAGCAAAUCCCAUUGUUCACGGAGGAAAUCAAGCUGCGGCUGGGGAAAAACUUCUUAUUAUAUAUUUGAAUGGGGAAGGUACUUCGAGGGCCUCUAUUGUUGCGCCCCAGGGAAUCACCUUCCACGAAGUUAGGGGCAGAAUCUAUGACAGACUUGGAUUGGCUAAUGUUGACGAUCAGCACAGAAUGGAAAUACGUGCUGACUUUCAUAAUGGCGGAGGUGCCAAUCCUCCAGUUCCCGUGGCUGAUGAAGAAGUCUGGGGGUUCAUUUUCAGUAACACAACUGCUCCAACAAUUAACCUGCAUGUCAGCAUCUAAGUACCCAACGUGAACCCAAAUUAAUGGCGCAACUGGAGCAACCUCGUUUCACUUUCAUCACUCUUGGCUUUCCGGGAGACAUUCAUCGUGGGAGUCUUUGGCUGUUUCGUCAUUAUUACUAGACUUGGCUUCUGAAUCCUUUUGUUUACCUUCGAAUUUGAAUUUGAAUAAACCAGCAGCCGCGUGCAUUCUUCAAAUGCAGGGCGCUGGGCGACAUGCAUGCAUGUCUCCCUAGUCUUUAUUUUG